AUGAAUGAUCUCAAUUUGUUGGAUCUGCAAGGAAAUAACUUCAGUGGAAUGUUACCAAAAUUUUCAAAAGCAACCCAAUUAUAUAUUCUCAAAGUUAGUGAGAAUAGAUUGGAAGGGAAGUUGCCUAGAUCAUUAGUGGAAUGCACUCUGCUUGAAGUUUUGGACGUGGGAAACAACAUGAUGAAUGAUACAUUCCCUUUUUGGUUGCAGAAAUUGCCUUACUUGAUGGUUCUAAUAUUGCGGGAAAACAGAUUUUAUGGUCAAAUUAAACAUUUCAAACAUAAAUUUGUUUUCCCAAAUUUGGAUGUGUUGGACAUUGCUUCAAACCAGUUUUCUGGUGAACUAUCCAUUAAUUUCCUUCAAACCACUCGACUAAGGUCACUCAAAAUAGGUGGGAAUAAAUUAGAAGGGAAGUUGUCGAGAUCAUUAGCCAAUUGUAAAGCACUUGAGGUUCUGGACCUUGGAAAUAAUAUGGUUCAUGAUACAUUCCCAUUUUGGUUAGAGAAACUGCCUUCUUUGAAGGUUCUCAUUUUGCGAGCAAACAGAUUCUACGGCACAAUUGCAGAAUUCAACACAGAACGUGGGUUUCCAAAGCUACGCAUAUUGGACAUUGGUUCCAACAAUUUUUCAGGCAACUUGUCCAUUGAAUUUUUGCUAAGCUUGAAGGCAAUGAUGCAGUUAAGAAAUGACGACAAAGCUAAGCUGGAUUACAUUGGAGAGGAUUAUUAUCAAGAUUCAGUAACAAUUUUCAACAAAGGGAUUGAAAUGUUCUACCAAAAAGUCUUGACAAUUCUUACUUGUCUCGACCUUUCCAACAAUAGUUUCCAUGGGAGAAUACCAGAAGAAAUACAAAUGCUGAGGUCACUCAAAGUGCUAAACUUGUCCUAUAAUAGCUUCUCCGGUGAAAUCCCGGUAGCACUUGGAAACCUAAAAGAUCUCGAGUCUUUGGAUCUCUCACAGAAUGAGCUGUCAGGGAAGAUUCCUCCACAACUUACAAGUUUAACUUUCUUAGCAGCAUUGAACUUGUCUUACAACCAACUUGAAGGGAGCAUACCACAAAGCAACCAAUUCAUUACAUUUUCAAAUGAUUCCUACCAUGGGAACCCAAAAUUGUGUGGGCUGCCACUGUCAAGGAAAUGCAAUGAAGUUGGUCUUCCAAUGCCACCACCUCCAAGGGGAGAUGAAGAAUCAUGGUUAUAUGCUAUGACUACUUGGAAAAUUGCGUUGAUGGGUUAUGCUAAUGGAUUGGUCGUUGGGCUAUGUAUCGGAUAUACAGGGCUGAAUGAGUUGGGAAACAAAUGGGUUGACAGGCUCAAAAAACACGGGGAAAGAAACAAAAGAAGAUCUAGGUGA